ACGUGCCACUGCCCGUCCGCUCUUCAGCAGCCGGUCGGGGGCGGUGGAAAAGCGAGUGAAGAGAGCGCGACGGCGGCGGCGGCGCAGCUAUAGCUGGACAGCCAGUGGGAGAGCGAGGUCUGAGCCUCUGCGUCUAGGAUCAAAAUGGUUUCAAUCCCAGAAUACUAUGAAGGCAAGAAUGUCCUCCUCACGGGAGCUACCGGUUUUCUAGGGAAGGUGCUUCUGGAAAAGUUGCUGAGGUCUUGUCCUAAGGUGAAUUCAGUAUAUGUUUUGGUGAGGCAGAAAGCUGGACAGACACCACAAGAGCGAGUGGAAGAAGUCCUUAGUGGCAAGCUCUUUGACAGAUUGAGAGAUGAAAAUCCAGAUUUUAGAGAGAAAAUUAUAGCAAUCAACAGCGAACUCACCCAACCUAAACUGGCUCUUAGUGAAGAAGAUAAAGAGGUGAUCGUAGAUUCUACAAAUAUUAUAUUCCACUGUGCAGCUACAGUAAGGUUUAAUGAAAAUUUAAGAGAUGCUGUUCAGUUAAAUGUGAUUGCAACGCGACAGCUUAUUCUCCUUGCACAACAAAUGAAGAAUCUGGAAGUGUUCAUGCAUGUAUCAACAGCAUAUGCCUACUGUAAUCGAAAGCAUAUUGAUGAAGUCGUCUAUCCACCACCUGUGGAUCCCAAGAAGCUGAUUGAUUCUUUAGAGUGGAUGGAUGAUGGCCUAGUAAAUGAUAUCACGCCAAAAUUGAUAGGAGACAGACCUAAUACAUACAUAUACACAAAAGCAUUGGCAGAAUAUGUUGUACAACAAGAAGGAGCAAAACUAAAUGUGGCAAUUGUAAGGCCAUCGAUUGUUGGUGCCAGUUGGAAAGAACCUUUUCCAGGAUGGAUUGAUAACUUUAAUGGACCAAGUGGUCUCUUUAUUGCGGCAGGGAAAGGAAUUCUUCGAACAAUACGUGCCUCCAACAAUGCCCUUGCAGAUCUUGUUCCUGUAGAUGUAGUUGUCAACAUGAGUCUUGCGGCAGCCUGGUAUUCCGGAGUUAAUAGGUAUAUGAGACCAAGAAACAUCAUGGUGUAUAAUUGUACAACAGGCAGCACUAAUCCCUUCCACUGGGGUGAAGUUGAGUACCAUGUAAUUUCCACUUUCAAGAGGAAUCCUCUCGAACAGGCCUUCAGACGGCCCAAUGUAAAUCUAACCUCCAAUCAUCUUUUAUAUCAUUACUGGAUUGCUGUAAGCCAUAAGGCCCCAGCAUUCCUGUAUGAUAUCUACCUCAGGAUGACUGGAAGAAGCCCAAGGAUGAUGAAAACAAUAACUCGUCUUCACAAAGCUAUGGUGUUUCUUGAAUAUUUCACAAGUAAUUCUUGGGUUUGGAAUACUGACAAUGUCAAUAUGUUAAUGAAUCAACUAAACCCUGAAGAUAAAAAGACCUUCAAUAUUGAUGUACGGCAGUUACAUUGGGCAGAAUAUAUAGAGAACUACUGCUUGGGAACUAAGAAGUACGUAUUGAAUGAAGAAAUGUCUGGCCUCCCUGCAGCCAGAAAACAUCUGAACAAGUUGCGGAAUAUACGUUAUGGUUUUAAUACUAUCCUUGUGAUCCUCAUCUGGCGCAUUUUUAUUGCAAGAUCACAAAUGGCAAGAAACAUCUGGUACUUUGUGGUUAGUCUGUGUUACAAGUUUCUGUCAUACUUCCGAGCAUCCAGCACUAUGAGAUACUGAAGACCAAGAAUUCAGCAUUAGAACAUCUAUACAUGUGGUGAUCUAAAUGCACAAAAUGUAAAAUGUACUUAAGUCAUCUCACCUUUUGUCAAGACAUUAAACCAUCUUAGAUCAGAGUGCUAAGUAAAUUAUGAUACAUUUUAUGUAACAUUUUAAUGUUUAUGCUCAUAAAACUUAGUGAACGCACUGUGUUAUGCCAGCUCAAAUCUACAAUAGCCACCAAAACCAUGACUUAAUAUUUUGAGCCCUAGAAGAAAGGGAUGGGCUGAGGGCAAGAGUGGGGAAAUAGGAACACUGACCAGUAUAACUGUGCAAUUCUGGAACAUAUUAAUUAAAAUAUGCCUUAACAUAUAGUGAAUUUCUAAUUCUAAUGUUCAGUGCAAUGGAAGACAUUUAUUUGGACAGUAAUACUAGCUAAGUUGGUAGAUAUUUGAUUCUUCAUUGUUUGAUUUUUUUCAUUAGUUGAAGUGGGUUUUAGUUUUGUUAAAAUUAUAACCAACCUAUUUUCACAUCAUUCUGUAAGUUAAAUGAUAUCAAACAUGAAAGACAUGUCUUCAUUUUUCUUUUUCUGAUUAAAUGUCUGAUGCAUAUCGUUUUUCAAUUAGCAAUCAGUUGCUUUUAAAAUCAGAAGGCUAUAUUAUUCUAAUGACCCUAUUGCAUCUAAACGGGUUUGAGAAUCCAUAUCAACAACAUAUGCUACGUGUUUUUUGACAGAAAGUGAAAACAAAUUCAGUAAAACUGUUAGUAUCAAAAAGAAUAGGAAUACAGUUUUCUUGUCCACAUUAUGAUCAAAUAAAAAUCCUAUAAGAUUGCGUGUAUGUUUUGAAGCAGGAGGAUUUCUUGAGACUUUGUUGGAAGUGGGAGUUGGGAGGGAUUCACCAUACUUGUGUUCUCCUCCUUUAUAAAUUUUAUUCUUAGGACUUUUAAAAGGCUUGUGCUAUCUUUCCAAUGAAAACUGAAAGUGCAUUAUUAUGGAAGAAUGUAUUUGCAGGUAGUAAUAACGUUAAGAAAAUGUCCUCGUGUGUAAACACAUACUAAUUUUGACCUUGAAAGUUGAAUUCCUUCACGAAAAAUAAAAUAAUGCUUCAGAUAAUGUGUAUGAAAUUAAAUAAAGGACUUUAUUUACAUACCACAUAAGGUAGCAAACUGUUGAAUGAGUUUGAAGGUAUCAUUUAUUUUUUAUGCAUGUGGUUUUAGCUUUAGAAAGAAAUGCAAUAUAGAAACAAGUAAUAGCAAGAAAAUUGAUGUAUAUUUUAAUGAUACAUUAAAAUUCCCUUUUAAUCAUAAUAGUUAACUCUACUUACUGUUUUAACAUACAUUUGAUUUAACAAAUUGUUUAGCAUAACACUUCUAAUUAAGUUGAUCAAGUUGUACUAUAUUAAAUAAUCAACAGUGUAUCUGGAGUAUGUUUAAAGACAACAGUUGACAAUACAAAAAGUUACAUGGAGCUUUACAUCUUAACUUUCUUUGUCAAUUUAAAUGCAAUGUAUAAGAAGUUUAUUUUGCUAUUAUGAAAAACUAAAUGUAAAGGAAAUCACCUACUUUCAUGCAGGUGUAUAAUCUUGAAAAGGAAAAAUGCUUCCAUGUUGAAGCCAGAUUUUGUGUAGUAAAACUUUUAAAUAUUAUUUUAAAAGAAAUAUGUAUAUAAAUAUCUCUAUAUUCUUUGGAAUGAUACUAAAGUCUCUGGUCUAGGACCAUACCUUAUAUAAAGGUAUAAGAGACCAUGACAUUGUCUGAAAAUGGAAUAAAUAAUGAUGCCUUUUAUUUAAAGUGGUCCACAUAAUAUACAUUGAGUACUCCAUCUCUCCAAAUGUAUUUCCAUAAUGUGUUGAAAACAUGCUGACGUUUGUAUGAUUUUUAUACUUUUGCCGAAUAGACUUAGAAUCAGAUGAAUUGUCUUUGUGUCUUGCAAAAGAGUUGGGGACAACUUGGGCAGGCCUGUGAAGUGCAUAGGGAGUGUAUGUCUUCUGAACUGUUUUAUUGUUUUUGUAAUCUAGCUUAAAGAAAUGUUAACUGGGAGGGUGCUGAGGCCGCUGCAUUAAUUUUGUGUGUUUAGAAUUCUGUGGUCAAAAGAAAACUAAUGAAUAAAUUGGUUUGCCAUUCUAGAAUUUAAAGUUCUAAGAUUAGUAUAAAGAGUAUAUAGAUUGUUAAUCCCCACCAACUAGACUUUGAACUUAAGUCAGACUUAAAGAUUUGAGAAGUCAUUUGUGUCAUUUACUAGAUGUGAUUUUUAGUUCUGUUUGAUUAUGUUUCCUACACAAACUUGUUAUUUAACAGGAUAGCCUACUAAAUUAAAUGUUUCUUAUUUCAUUUAACUCAUUUGAUUAAACUGUAUUAUAAAACAUUUGGGGUUUCCCCCCCAUUCAGUUUUAAUCCUGGAAUACGCAUUUGUAAAUUGUGAUGUCAUUGAGACUGUAUUUAAAUUUGACUUGACAACAUUAACAUGUCCUAAGAUUCAGUGCAGAGAAGCAUGGGCAGUACGUUCUUUGACUUAAGGAUGGCAUAAAAUAAUCAUUUUGAACCUGUGUAAUAAAGCUUGAAAGCAGGGAAAAGAAUUUCCUUUUCCCCCUUUUUUUGUGUUGUCUGUAGGAAUUAACUUGGGAUUUUUUGUUUUGUGGGGUUUUUUUUAAUGUAAAUUGAUAAUCUUUUAUAAGAAGGAAAUAGAAGCAUUAUUGUGUGCCUUUGUUUGUAAACCAAAAAGUAAUAAAUGAAUCCCUAUAUUUCCAUUAUAGUAUUUAUUGUAUUUUUAAUGUUCUGCAAAUUAUCCAUGAAACAAUAUGGUUAGGAUUACAGGAAGCAGUCCUUACUUACACUUCUUGUCUGUUUUAGGUGUACUUGUUAAUUCUUAUGUCCUAAUUUUAUUUAAUUCUGAGUUGCUCACACGGCAUUUUAAGGGAAGCAUACAGGCAGGAUGAACACUUUGUGUUAAAGUGUUAUUUUUAUGUAUUACCUGGAAGGAGGCAGGUUUUUUUCUAUUUUCUAAAAAGAGUAACCAAGAGACCUCCAGGGUGUCAUUAGGUUCCAGCUGCUCUCCUCCACACUGAAUGAUAUCCUGUUAAUUUAUAGGUACAUUUGUAGUCAUGUAUAUGUCUAUUAAGUAUAAGAGAUAAUUCAUUAGUAAUAGAAAUUAAUUGAACUCUUUUGGAUGGGGAGAGCAUCAGGCUGGGGUCAGGUAAGUGUAAAUGGCCUUCUGAGCAUGCUCUUCUAGGCUGACUCCCAGCCCUGACUUGAAACCAUUAGUGGUGACUUGCUCUGUUUUGAGAAAAACUUUCCAACCUUUUGCAUGAGAAACUAGAAACAGGAAUGUAUGCCACGUAACUGGAUUACAGAAAUGAGUUAAUUUAAUAGUCUCUGUGAUAAAAAAAAAAAAUGAAAUAUUUUCUUAUUGAAUUAAUAUUUUUGUCUUGAAGCGUUUUCUAGUGAUAGAAUGUAUUUGUCUUUUUUCCUGGUGGUACCCUCUUAGCUUAUAUCUUUGCUAUCCUUAAGAUCCUAAACAAAUCAUCUUUGUCAGUUAAGUAUAGUUGUGCAAAAAUUGUUAAAUAAUUCCUUUGUCUUUAUUAAAGAAAAAUUUGAGUAACA